UCCCGAUCUUAACGGCAUCACCGGCGGCGACAGCGUCUCUAACGCCGGUGGUAACAGUAGCAUCGACGACGACGUCAACCGGCAGGGCUUCGGGCAGAGGCCCGAGCAGCCGGGGCGGCCGGGGCGGUCGUGGUGCAAAGGCAACAUCAACACCACGCGCAUCAUCAGGGGUAUUACGAACCCCGGCUUCAUCUGGAGCACAGGCUUCAACCCCCAGGGCGCGCGGGUCUCGAGGAGGCAUUACAAAGGCAUCAACACGCGGUGCAUCGACUCGUCGCACUACGAGGGCUUUGGCUGCAGCAUUUGA